UUGGAAGAACAAAAGUGGAUGAACAUGGUUUAAAUGUGUUAUAAAAAUGAAAAUAAAAAUAAAUAUGCAGAUAUGUAAAUCCCCUUUUUAUGAGACAAAAAUGGUAUCCACAUGUAAUAGGGUUUAAGAGGACUAGACAUCCUGCAGAGACGCCAAGGAUAAAGAGAAAUUAAAGUGGACAAGGGACAGAUCAGAGGGAAUAGCUUAUUAAGAGGGACCAAACUCUCCUCCUACUACAGACAGUACUCUGAUAUUUCUAACCCAAAAAAUACUAACUAAAGGUAGUGUGCUCCUUCAUUCAAUUCCUAGCUAGCUAGUUAGCGGUCUUUUUGGAUGAAGCUAGACAAAAUGAUGGCUUAUAAGAGUAUCCUCCACCAAGCAGCUGAUUUUCCCUCCAAGAGACUGCAGUUCCACUGGAAAACCAAAGUCAGGAACGAGGAAGAGGAUGAAGAUGGCGUCAAACAGAACCGUGGGGAAGCAGAGGACGAUUCAUCUCCUGAUCAAGAACAACCAGCCAAAAACAACCCAUCAGCAGUAGACAGCAACAAGAAGCUGAACCAAGAAUCAUCAUCAGCAGCAGGCACAACCAGUAAGCUGAAAUCAGUGCUGAGUUCGAUCGGGAAGAACAGGCUGAGUUCAGUCACUUCGGUGUUGAUGAACCAGCUGGCAGGCGGCGGCAGGAGGAGGAGGCUGCUGGUAGGGACCCUUUUCGGCCCCAGGCGCGGGGCCCACGUGCAAUUCGCGUUCCAGAAGGAUCCCACUUCAGAGCCGGUGUUCUUGGUGGAGCUAGCCACCCCAAUAUCCUCCCUGGUUCGGGAGAUGGCUUCGGGGCAGGUCCGGGUUGCCCUGGAGUGUGAGAGGAAGAAGGCGGCAGAGAGGGGGAGGGUAAUAGAUGAGGAGGGUGUUUGGAUGGCAUACUUGAAUGGGAAGAAGUGUGGGUUGGGGAACAGCAGACGAGAAUGCGGGGAAAGAGAGUGGGAGGUUUUGAAGUGCGUGGAGGCUAUCAGCACGGGCGCGGGGGUACUGCCACCCAUAAUUGGCGGCGGCGAAGUGAUGUACAUGAGAGCCAAGUUUGAGAGAGUGGUGGGGUGUAGAGAUUCAGAAGCACUGUACAUGAUGAACCCUGCAGACAGCCAUGCUCCUGCUGAGCUCAGUCUUUACAUUCUCAGAAGAGAUAAUGGAUCGAGUUUAAUUAAUUAACAUGCAAUCAUGAAUGAUGCAUGCAUGCAUUAAUCCUAGCUACUAUAUAUGGAUGCAUGUGAUCUGACGAUUAAGGCCAGGCCAGCCAUAAGGUUAAUUAGUUAGUACUUCAAUUCAUUGCAUGUCUUCUUUUCUUUUUUUGCUUUGUGUUUUGCGUAUUUUAUUUCCAUCUAUAGGCGAAUCCUUCAUGCAAGGAAUUGAACAAGGCCAGCCGUGAUAUCAAUUAUUAUUGUCCAGGCCAAUAAUUGGUGGCAUGGGUAUAAGCUACUAGUAGAAUAGAAUCUACACGUUAAGUUAUUUGUUGGGUUCCACUCACCAAUGGCUAGCAUUGCAUUUAUCUUUUGGCAGGCAGGAGUCGUCAUUAUUACCCUCCUCAUAUUUGUGUCCUUUUCGUGUUGGGAUGUGGCAACAUGAACUUUAUUAAUUUCACCAAAAUUUGACAUUGUCCAGCUAUCUUAACCUCCAUUUGGAAACUGUUUCCUAAUCU